GAUAACGUUAUUUAAAGGACAUCCUACCACUACCUUGUUACGCAUUUGUGACUCUGUGUCUGUCAUCCACUGCUAGGCUUUUUGUAUAGCGUGUCACUCUGGGUGUGAGAAAGAGGAUCUCUUACUUCGCCAUUAAUGGCUGCUUUAAGGAGCUUCUUGAAGAAAAGAUCUUUAACAUGCAACAGUCUUGCUUCCUUCUCCACCGAGGCUGCUCUUGCCAAGAACCUUCCUGCCACUAAGAUCAAGACUGAAGUUGCUCAACUUAUCGGGAAAACUCCCAUUGUGUAUCUUAAUAAAGUGACUGAAGGAUGUGGAGGUUAUGUAGCUGUCAAGCAAGAAAUGUUUCAACCAACUUCCAGCAUCAAAGACAGACCAGCAUUUGCAAUGAUCACUGAUGCAGAACAGAAGAAUUUAAUCUCUCCUGGGAAGACAACUUUGAUAGAGCCAACAUCUGGUAAUAUGGGGAUUAGCAUGGCAUUUAUGGCAGCCAUGAAAGGGUACAAGAUGGUUCUAACUAUGCCCUCUUACACAAGCUUGGAGAGAAGGGUGUGUAUGAGAGCAUUUGGAGCUGACCUUAUUCUCACUGAUCCCACCAAAGGAAUGGGUGGAACAGUUAAAAAGGCCUAUGAACUUCUGGAAUCGACACCAGAUGCUUUCAUGCUGCAACAAUUCUCAAAUCCUGCCAAUACUAAGAUUCAUUUUGAAACUACAGGUCCUGAAAUAUGGGAGGAUACACUUGGUCAAGUUGACAUCUUUGUUAUGGGAAUAGGCAGUGGAGGAACAGUAUCUGGAGUUGGGCAGUACCUUAAAUCAAAAAAUCCUAAUGUCAAGAUAUAUGGAGUGGAGCCUGCUGAAAGUAAUGUCCUGAAUGGUGGAAAACCAGGUCCUCAUCAAAUUACUGGAAAUGGGGUUGGAUUUAAACCAGACAUCUUGGACAUGGAUUUAAUGGAAAAAGUUCUUGAGGUUAGUAGUGAGGAUGCAGUAAAUAUGGCUCGGAGAUUGGCACUGGAAGAGGGGCUUAUGGUGGGAAUAUCAUCAGGAGCCAACACAGUUGCCGCACUUAGACUUGCUAGAAUGCCAGAAAACAAAGGCAAACUCAUUGUGACUGUUCAUCCAAGUUUCGGGGAACGAUAUCUGUCAUCUGUUCUGUUCCAAGAACUGAGGCAAGAAGCUGAGAACAUGCAACCAGUUUCAGUAGACUAAUGCUGUCGAAUGGACAGUUCAAUAAAAUUGUUAAAUCUUUAUUGUGCAACCAUCAUUAUACUUGGUAACUCUGUUAUGCGAAAUCAUGUCUCUCGAGCUUUUUCAUUUUCUAUUUUUCUUUUAAAUCUAAUAAGAAGCCUUAUGUUUUGGCAUCAA